AUCAUUGGCUACAUCACGCCCGAGACGGCAUUCCUGGCCCGACCCGGAAAUACUGUCAAAUUCUUGGAUGAAAUCGAGAGCAUUAAGAAAGAGAUCGCAAACUUGAGACAACAGUAUAAUCCCAAAGACUUAAACAUUUUUAUAGCUGUCGGCCAUUCAGGCUAUGAGAAGGACAAAGAAAUAGCUGCAAAGAUACCGGAGUUGGAUGUCGUGGUGGGCGGACACACCAACACAUUCCUAUACACAGGCAAAGCGCCGUCCAUUGAAGUGCCUGAAGGUGAAUACCCGGUUGUCUUUGAUCACGGAUCUGAUGGCAAGACACUUGUGGUGCAGGCGUUCGCUUACGGCAAAUAUCUGGGAAAACUUAAUGUCAUUUUCGAUGACAACGGACUCAUUACUAGUUAUUCUGGAAAUCCUAUUCUUCUGGACGAUAGUGUCAAAGAAGAUCCCGAGGUGUUAUCUCUAGUGAAAGUGGAGUCCGCAAAAAUAGAUGAGUACUAUAAGACAGAGGUUGGGUUCAGUCACGUAGUGUUGGAUCAGACGUAUUGCAGGGAACAGGAGUGCAAUUGUGGUAAUCUUAUGGCCGAUGCGUUUGUCACAUAUUUCCUUGAUGAGUCUCAAGUCCAUAAAAAUGCCUGGAAUACAGUUCCCAUAUCUAUUGUAAAUGGAGGUGCGGUCAGAAGUUCUAUA